AUGCAUCUCUUGCUCUCACACUUGUACAUGAAGUCUAAGGAAUGUCCGAAAAAAUCAUCUUUAGCAAUAGGAAGACCAGCACGAAAAUGUCGGAAAGCAACUUACACGUCAGUCCUCUACAAAAAACAUAAAGCGAAGGAAAAAGAAAGUCAGGUAAGAGCGAUCCUGAAGAAGAACCAUGCUGACAGGAGUACAGAGGAGGAACAAAUAAUCAAACAAAACAAAAAGGUUGUCAAGAUUCUUGAGAAGAGGGUGCUGCUGAGAGAGCUUAAUCGCCAGAAAUCACAAGAGGUUGAAGAUUCUGUCGGGGAACUUGAAACUAAGGUAGCAGAGCUUGCAGAAGAAGUCCAACGUGCAGAAAACUUAGUCAUCUACACAGGAGCUGGUAUAAGCACAGCAGCCUCUAUACCCGAUUACAGGGGACCAAAUGGAGUAUGGACGUUGCUACAGCAGGGAAAAGGGAGCGAACUUCAGAACAGCUCGUUGGUAGAUGCAGAGCCAACCCUAACUCACAUGGCACUAGCCAGGUUGGUGGAGGAAGGCAUGGUGAAACAUAUCGUAUCCCAGAAUUGUGAUGGGCUUCACUUCAGAAGUGGUGUUCCCCCGGACAGGUUAUCUGAGCUCCAUGGCAAUAUGUACAUUGAGGUGUGCACUGAGUGCGAGCCAGAGAGGCAGUAUGUCCGACUCUUUGAUGUGACGGAGCAGACAUCGCUUCGUCGGCACAAGACGAGCAGAGAAUGCCACAAGUGCAAGGAGCCCCUCAGAGACACCAUAGUGCACUUUGGUGAGAAGGGAGUGAUAGACAAACCCCUGAACUGGUCCGGUGCCAUGGAUGCCGCAGAGGAUGCUGAUGCCAUACUGUGUUUGGGAUCCAGUCUCAAAGUUCUGAGGAGAUACCAGUGCCUUUGGAGCACAGACAGACCAAAGAGCCAGAGACCAAAGUUAUUCAUCGUCAAUUUACAGUGGACACCAAAAGACAGUCAGGCAUCCCUGAAGAUCCAUGGCCGAUGUGAUGAUGUGAUGGCACUACUCAUGAAGCACCUCAAUCUUUCAAUACCUCUCUACACAAGGAAGAGCGAUCCCAUCUUCAAAAUGGCCGCUCCCAUCAAGCCCCAUGAAGAGGGCAGCUACUUGACAAGAUCCCUCUUGGACACGAGGUUGAACUCUGAAUCCUUAAACCUCAAUGUGAACAGUGUCAUCAAGACUGAACAAGACAACUCUGCUAAUAACCUUGCAUCAAGUGCACUCUCACAAAAACCAAAGUCUGAUUGUGCCUCGGAAGGAAAUUACAACGACAGUGAAGAUACCGAGGAUUAUGAAAUGGAGAUUCCUGUUGCGUUGCCAUCACUAGAGGGCGGUGUUGAGGGAGAAGGGAAUAUGCCUGGCUGGUUUGGGAAAGGAUGCAGGAAGAAGGUGGUAAGGAAAGUUGGAAAGAAGAGGCGGCGAUCAAGAGUGUCCAGCGUCGAGAUAGGGACUUGAUUGUCGGAGGGGGCAAGUUUAAUGUCAGACGUGUAAAAUAAAUCAUAAAACAGAGAUAGUAGUAAAUAUUCUCAGGUUAGAUUUAGCUGCUGCCAUUUUUCUAAAACUUCCAUCUUUUUUUAUAGUCAAGAACAUAGUUAUGAAGAAGGACAGAUAACGUGUAUUGUUUUUCAUCACCAGAGUGGCCAAUUUGAUGUCAAAGAAAUUGUAAAAUCAUCCACAAAACAAACCUGUCAACAUCCCUACUUUAUGUAUCGUUCCUGUUGUAUAUUAACAAAACUUACAUCAUGUUUAAUAUUUUGUUUGAACAAAAAUCAGUGGGAUAGCAAAUUUAUUGUGUUUCUGAGUGGAAAAAAUUAAUCUUUUUUUAGAUAAAUCUGCAAAUUAAAAAAAAAACUACAUGCUUUUGAGUAUUAAAGCUCCUAUUCGUGUUUCUCAAGUUUCUACUUCUAACUAGAGUUUAAGGCACAGUUGCUCUUAGGAGUGAUUGGAGAACCCAAAGUUAAUUUAAAGUGUACCAAUCACCUGAAAAGAGUAAUUCGUGUUAAGGUAAAAUGAUCAAAUCAACCUCAAAAUAAAUUUACCUGGCAUUCAAUAUUAGGAAAAAGGUUAAGGAGUAGGAAGAAAUCAAAAGAUAACAUAAACCCUGCGUAUUGCAAUCAUGGUCAAGUCAGACUUGGGUUCCGUCCCCAUCCUAAUCUAUGCAAGUGCAUAUGCAUGGGUUCAGUAGUCUACACAACAAGAUGUUUUAUAGUUCACUGAGAUUGUAUUUAGAUUGCAAUAUCUCUUUUUAGAAGUAAUAUUUGAAGCUCAUAUUUUGAAUACUAAAUAACCUCAUCGAACCUCUAACAUAAAGAGCAAUACAUGUUUUUAGUGAUUGGAACACUUUAACAUUGUCUAUAAAAGAAAGCAGCAAGUAAAAAGAGAUUCCAAAUCAAACUAACUUAAUAUGAUGAAUGAGCAAUCGGUGUACCUAUAUACACUUUCUCCAGGAUUUGAGUGUCUUUCUUGACGACAAUAUACCUCUCUUUUUUAGAUUAUAUUCUUCUUACUUGCAUUUUUGUCUGGCAAUGAAAGUGUUGUGUCCAUGUUGUGAAACCUAGAGUUUGGUUAUGCAUUGGCUGACAAAUUAAAGUUAGAAAUAUCACCUGAAACAUCGGAGGCUAUUUAAACAAAAAGUAGUUCUGUUUGGACAAUAUUUGUUUCUGACAAGCCUGACAUUGUGUUGGGUGAUAGUCCAAUCUAGCAACAACAAAUAAAUGCAAAAUUUCAAUUUACAAAACAAGUCAUGUUUAAUGUGAUGUUUCUUUGUCAUGUAAAAAUGACAACGAAUCAUUCAUUUGUAAUUCAUAUGCAUUUACAAAAAUGAUCUAUCAGGCUUCCGACUUCAAAAGGGGUGCUUGAAGCACUGUUAGACUCUGCAUGGCCAUUCAUUAGCUCAAGGUUAUCUUUGCAUUGUAGCAUGUAGAUAAUCUCAUGCGAUUAGUUUGUCUUGUUAUAUGCAUUGUUCUGUUUAUCAGGUGUCCAAAGUA